CUCUCUCUGCACCAAGAAGUAAACAAACUGUGCAGGGCAGGCUGGGCAGCUCGCAGACAGCCUAUAUCCCUCUGCUGCAACUAAUCCCAACUUUUCUCUUCUCUUAUAUCAUUCAACUUCCAAAACAUUUGACGCUGUAAGGGCAUCCUUCAGCCUUUAGUUCUUUUCACGCCGCAGAAACCUUCUAUCAGCUGUGCACUGCUCACCCCACUGAGGCCCGGCCUGGCUGCAAAACCCACCUGGAUGUUUACAACCACUUUACCUGCCUGAGGUAUUUUUGCAAGCAAACAAGAUAUAAAUCCCUAUUUAUUUACGACACCACGGAAUAUUUUUAUUUUUUGGGACGGUUUUGCACCAUUUCCUUCGGGUCUCGCUGUUAUUUAUUAGUUAUUUUUACCUUUUUUGGGUGGGUCAGACGUCAGUUGCACGAUGGACAGUGUACAAAUGAUAAAUAUCCAGAGACUUUUAGAAGCGGCUGAGUAUUUAGACAGAAGAGAUCGAGAAUGUGAGCACGGAUACGCCUCAACGUUCCCCUUGCCUGACAGCUCGGACCUUCACAGCCUGAAGUCAAGGCGGCUAAAAUCCAAGAAAUGUAAUAACAGCCUAGGAAGCGGCAUGAACAGAUCAACGCACAAUGAACUAGAAAAAAAUAGGAGGGCCCAUCUACGUCUGUGUCUAGAACGCCUGAAAGACCUCAUCCCCCUAGAGGAUGACAGUUCCCGGCACACCACAUUGGGGCUGCUGAAUAAAGCCAAACUUCACAUCAAGAAACUGGAAGACACAGCGCGGAAAGGCCAACACCAGCUCGAUACCCUGGAGCGGGAGCAGCGGUUUCUGAAACGGCGGCUCGAGCAGCUUCAAGGUUGUCCGGAGUCGGAGCGAUUGCGAGCGGACAGUGUUGGUUCCAACAUGUCCCCCGAUAGAUCUGACUCGGAGCGAGAGGAGAUUGAGGUGGACAUUGAGAGCACAGAAUUCUCCAACUUGGAAGUGGACAGCUCCAGCUGUGCCACCAGCAUUAGUGACCUUGAUGACCACAACAGCAUGGAAAGUCUGGGCAGCGAUGAAGGCUAUUCCAGCGCUAGCCUCAAGCUGGCCUACCACUCCUAGGGCUCCCCGUGGCCAAGGUACAAUCCCGGUGAGCCACGGCGGUGGAUUAGAUUUACUGCUGGCAGUCAUCCGUGGUCGACACUCGGAUUCAAUCCAUCUUUCUUGAAAUCUCCAAUCAUAAAAAGUUGGACAAUCAUGUGGGAUUAUCCUCUGCACCGCUGGACCAAACGCCUUGACCAGCUUCGAUACUCCAUAUGCAAAAGGGCAUUCCCUGAAGGUCACACAACUCCUGCUGUGUUGGAGAUUGCCGUGAUCUAACUGUAGCACAACUUGAAGAUCUGGCUACGUGGUUCUCCUUUAAUACAGAUCUAAAUCUUUGACCACGUUAUUUGACACGUUUUUGCCUUAGUUCGGCAUGUACAGACUUUUAUACAAAACUUACCAUGGAAUGGUAUAAAACAAAACACCUGAUUGAUCAUGGCUAUGGGGUGUGCCCAGCCGGGUCUCCUCACGCCCUUUUUUCUGGAGCAUUGUAAAUUCAUCCACCCAGCUUAACCUGGAGUACCCACUCAAGACAGUCUAUCAUAUUGUAAAACUCUGAAUCUACCAGCAACGUUUCCUCAUCACUUCAUCAGCUUGGGUCAACCGGCCAACAGCUGACCAAUCCGCAACGAACAUAUGGGGUGCACCAGCAUCUAACACUUGGCUGAGAAAGUUCCUUUCUAACCAUAUAUUCUUAUGCUAACUUCUGCCCGUCGGUGAACUAGCCCUUUCCAGAGGGAUGGGAAGUAUUUUUUGCAAUAUUCAACAACACGACAAAUGUUUCCUGUUUCCUCUAGAAUAGAAGUUAGCAGUUAUUGGCUUUCCAGCAGCUGCUGUGGCAUCCUUGGAACCUCUGUCUGACACAGCAUGCUGAGACUUGUAGUUCUACAGCGGCUGCAACACCACUCCACUUCAUCCACACUCUAGCAGCCAUUUUUUGUUCUUGCAAAAUUGAAUUUGGAAGCUGUACUUUUUAAAAUUGAACCUAGUAUAAGAAACCGGUUUGGGAGACAUUAAAUGCGGAUAUAUUUUUCAAAUGUGUAGGUGUAAAAACCAAAAAAACCUCUAUGGAGACACUUCCUCAUCUUCAUGGGAAAAAUAUCAUUAUUUGGAAAUGAUAACAAUGUAAAGUUCCAGUUAAAACAACCAAUACUUGCCUAAAACAAACUUCCUUUCAUGUACUUGAAAUUUAAAUCCCAGCCAGCACAUGCAUUAGGACACCUGGGGAGUGGGGGUGUGGUUCAUCAAAUAGACAGUGUCUAGGUCGACAAUGUUUAGGUCGACCACUAUAGGUCGACAUGGAUGGAAGGUCGACUGGGUUUCUAGGUCGACAUGUGCUAGGUCGACAGGUCUAAAGGUCGACAUGAGGAUUUUUUUUUUUUGUGUCGUUUUCUUCGUAGAGUGACCGGGAUCCCAAAUUAGUGCACCGCGUCCCCUCGCAUGGUGCCUUCGCUCCGCUACCGCUUCGCUCGGCACACUUUACCGUUCCAAUCGUAGUCCACGUGGAUCGUUAAGUAUGAAAAAAUUCAAAAAAAGAAAAAAAAUGUGAAAUCCUCAUGUCGACCUUUAGACAUGUCGACCUAGAAACCCUGUCGACCUUCCAUCCAUGUCGACCUAGUGACUGUCGACCUAUAGUGGUCGACCUAAACAUUGUCGACCUAGACACUGUCGAUCUUCAGACCGGAUCCCGGGGAGUGGGUCCUUGGUUUGGACCCCAGAUUGCCCUAACCUGUUUUAUGUUUUUGACAAAUGUAGAUGAGAAGUGGCCCAAGCUUGUUGCCUAGUAGGGCCUCAUCAGUUCUUAAUCUGGCUUUGAUUUCAGUUGCCUUAGAGGAUUUUUUAUUUUUUUUUCUAGGAGGGGGUGGUGUAUCAAACCGUGGAGAGAGACCAAUCAGCUCCAUUGUCAUUUUUGCCUAUAACAUGGCAGGAGCUAAUUAGGUGGUACUGUAUCUCUCUCCACUUUAUCUCUCUCCAAGGCUUGAGACAUAUCCCCCUGGGUCUGCUUGGUGAGACUAGUGACAGCGUAGAUACAUUUAAAUGCUAAUAGAGUAACCUACAGCUGGACCAAGCCCAAAAUCAGCUCGUUAAAACCAUUGAGCGGUUUCAGAACCAGUCAGACUGGCUAAAUCCACCCCUAUUGUUCUCUGUUUUGCAAAUGCAAGAAUUUUUGACUGGUUUUUAACUCCCCUCCCAAUGGCGGCCUCACAAGCGUCAUCAGUAUCCACCAUUCAUCCUUUCUUUCCUCUCCAGAUCAUACCAUGGGGGUAAUUCUGAGUUGAUCGCAGCAGGAUUUUUGUUAGCAGUUGGGCAAAACCAUGUGCACUGCAGAGGGGGGCAGAUAUAACAUGUGCAGAGAGAGUUAGAUUUGGGUGUGGUGUGUUCAUUCUGGAAUCUAAAUUGCAGUGUAAAAAUAAAGCAGCCAGUAUUUACCCUGCACAGAAACAAAAUAACCCACCCAAAUCUAACUCUCUCUGCAAAUGUUAUAUCUGCCCCCCCCCCUGCAGUGCACAUGGUUUUGCCCAAUUGCUAAAAAAUUUCCUGCUGCGAUCAACUUGGAACUACCCCCCAUGUCAUCUCUUUUCCAGUGAUGAAAUUGUUCUUUAUUCCACAGAUUGAACCUAUCUAAUCCAAAAUGGCAAAUAUUCUCAAUGAUUUAGGGGGGUAUUUAUCAAAGCUUGGAGAAAGCUCUCACAAUUUUAUCUAACGUACCAACCAAUCAGCGCCUAACUGUCAUUUUUCAAACACUGCAAGUAAAAUGUAAGGUAGAAACCAGAUAAAGUUUCUCUCUCUGAGCUUUGAUAAAUACCCCCCUUGGAGUUUAUUUUUUGUAUUUUUUUUUUGAAGUUGGGAGCUGUUAUUGGAUUUUAAAACAGUCCAAAUGGGAGACCAGACUAAGGGGCCCAUUUAUCAACAGGUUUUUAGCUAUUUAAAACUCGUUGCGCAAGAUAAAUGGUUCUUCAGCCAAUCAGCUUCAAACUGUCAUUUUUCUAUUUUUUUUAAAGUCAUUUUUAUUGUGUAUAUCACUUUAUACAUUUAAAAUAUAACAUACAAGAGGGUAUACACAUUUCCCCCAACUGUCAUUUUUCAAACACACGACAGGAGCUGAUUGGCUGGAGCGCCGUAUAUCAUAUGCAACAAGUAAUUAUCUGAAGGCAGAGUGCCCCUUUAAAUCAUAGCAGAUUACAGAUUGCCGGCUUGUCCAUUCUAUAGGCGUGGUCACCGUGAUAUUAUGGAGGUCACCUCUCACCUCUUUACCGACCAGCUACACUCCAACCCUUACACAACAACACCGCAGCCGUCUUAUGGCUAACAAGCCCCGUUUGGUUUAUUCUGUAAUAAUUGUGAUCACGUAUGCACUGACCGUCUUUUAUGAAGCGUCGCAGCUGGCGCGGCAGUGUGCCAGGCUGUCUACAAGACAAGUAAAUGUUCAACUUUAUAAGUUGCAUGAUGUCAGUUAGUUUUAUCGCCUCUCUGCGCACUGAAGUCUUUGGUGAUGUCGCGUAUUCUGAGUGCUGGUUAAGACUUCCCCUAUCCAGGAAUGGUGGUGUUGUCUCCUGACCGCUGGUCAUAUAACUGCAUCCCGUGUGGUCAUUGUUAAGUUUUAUGUCACUUGUAAAGAGGCUUUUUUGUGUGUGUUUUUUUAGCCUUGUCUUGAUUGCAGCACUUUGCGGGGGAUAGCCGAUAGCCUGACGGCGAAUGAUUUUACUUUGCUCCUGGUCUGCUGCAUUAGCAAUAGUGACAUUCACAAAUACUGUAUUUACGCCGGCGUUUCGGGAAUACGUAUGCCUGCCGUAGGUGGUGAACGCAGCAGAAAGAAUAUAUUUUUCUUUUUCUAUGCUUAUCGGCCUUCCCAUCUGUGAAACCUAUUGGUGAACAUUAAUUUGGAACCUUAUGUGGCUGAAAAGUCUGCCCCUUGUCUACCCAUUUACCCGUGAUUGCUAUGAGAUGUCUUUCGAUCAUAUAAUAUUUUCUUUAUAAUUAUUUAACAUUUACAUUGGUAUUGAGCGGAUGAGUCACUCUUGACUUCUAACUUAGGGCCUAAUUCAAAGUUGAUUGCAGCAGCAAAUUUGUUAGCAGAUGGGAAAAACCAUGUGCAGUGCAGGUGGGGCAGAUGUAACAUGUGCAGAGAGAGUUAGAUUUGGGUGGGGUGUGUUCAAACUGAAAUCUAAAUUGCAGUGUACAAAUAAAGCAGCCAGUAUUUACCCUGCACAGAAGCAAUAUAACCCAUCCAAAUCUAACUCUCUGCACAUGUUACAUCUGCCUCCCCUGCAGUGCACAUGGUUUUGCCCAUCUGCUAACAAAUGUGCUGCUACGAUCAGGUCUGAAUUAGGCCCUUAAUGCAAACAGAUUGCCGAGAUGUCCAAUAUUUAUAUACGUUUUAAGUACAUUUUUCUUUUUUAUUUCUCUAGUAAUUUUCCGGUAAUUCUCACGAAAAAGUUAAAAAAAACAACCUUAUUUAAAAUUGAGAUUAUGUUUGUAUGCGUCCAUUUAAUAUAAGUUCCUUGGCAGGUGAUUGUUCUGUCUGGCUCAAAGGAGCGGAGAUAUGGAUCUAUAACAUGAAGACUAUGAGGCUUAUGUAAUAGCGUCCAAGCUGCACGCCGUGCAGAAAUUCCGGACUUUUGAAAGCGCCAAUUAUUUAAAAGGCAAAAACGCUGAUUGGUUGGGACUGCAUCUCUCUCUCGUGUUCUGAGGAUAUUUCCAUGUGUAUCUGUGAAUGUUACAUGGUCUUCUGCUCUAUACGUACAGUGAUUUCCAUGGUGCAUAGAACAAAAACAGCCCGUAUGAGCCAAUCGGAUGUACGCUUUAAACAGCCCAGGGGCAGGAGACUAAUUUAAGCGGAUAUUUGAUAGGUUGCCCCAAGUGCUGUUAUCUGUGAACUUAUUAUACACUACCUAAUAGUGACCGGGGAUAAUCAGCCGCCUAGACACAUUCACACGCUAUGGGGCAGAUUCAAUUAUUUUGAACCCUGGGAGUUAAUGCUACACGGAAUAUCUGGGCAGGAAGUCCAACUUGUUUUCGCUUGCAACCCAUAGAUGCGACCAAAAAAUCGCAGUAUCCCUUUAUGUGCGCAGCUGGCCAAUUCUCGCUGACGAGGCUGACCUGACCGGCCUACUACUGAUGAGGCUAGCUACUCUCAUUAAUGCAAAUAUGGUGCAGAACUGUUUUACUCCUUAAUAACAGUGACGGCAGUAUUGUCGCUAAAAUGGAUGAGGCGGCCAUUGUGUGGUCUCAACCUGGUUUCUGCUCCAUUGUAAUGCCUCAGUGGCGUCGCUAGUUCCCUCCUCCUCCUCCUCCAUGCGUGGCACGCGGUAAAUUCCCGCUUUUAAUGAGCUCAUGCACUAACUAUAAAAAGUUGAUUGAAGUGGGAAGAGAGCUGAAGUUCUGUUAUCCUUUUUUAUUUUAAGGCGAACGUUACAUACUGCUGCACUAAAUUUGCACUGAAGGCCGUUUAUCCAGUACGCCUGGGCUUACGCCCUACAACCUCUCACCACCUCUGUGUCGGUCGUAACCGCAGUAUUAAUCGCCAACAAGAUGGUGGAGAGGUCGCUCACAGCUAAUUCAUUCUCCGAGCGCGUUCUCCACCAUCCCGUCCCAUGCCUGGGACUCCAUUAGGACCUGUGAACUAAUCCUGGUGCUGACCAUGAAAUAUGUUAUUUGCUGUCACGUGCUUUUUUUGUUUUCCGUCUUGCACUUUUUGUUUUUUAUUUGCUAUUUAUGUGCUGUAUUUAAAUGUGCAUUUGCUUACUUCAUUUUCACUUGUUGCUGAGUAAGGCCUUUUUACUAUACAUAUUUAUACCUUGGCUCGAUAACCACACGAUUAAAAACCUGUGGUUUAAUAUAAUGAGGUUUUUUUUUUAUUAAAAAACUUAUAUGGGAUCAUUUUAUGCUGUGCUAUAAAUGGACAUUGGAAGUCCCCGAUGAGUUCUGUGACCAUAUACUUCCAAUAGCCUCAUAAUUUACAGCCUUCACACGCAUAGUUUAAACAGGGAACCGAUAAUGCACGUCCAGGCCCCUCUCUUUUUGAAAAACAUCCAAAAAUAUGUAUAUCGGUUUCAGUAUCGUGGUGCUUUUCCAGUAAAUGUGUUGUAAGUAAAUGCACUCUUAUUUAAACAAUUUUCCGCACCGUUUUCUCAUAGGGGUGUUGCCGCCACAAAAAAAUUAUUCUGUGCUCAAAGUUUUUUUUUAAAUUCUAAAUACAAAAUGUUUGACGAUUCGUCCUUGUCUGUAAUUCCGCCAAAUCUUCAGCGUCGUAUGGAAGGGCUCAGUUUGUGUCCUUUCCAAUGACGCAGAAAUGUGCGCUGGUGAGAUUUGCUAAGGAAUGUUAAUGUAAGAAUACAGAUAAAGAUGUAGUUUUAAAAGUAACAAAGAUUAAACGUUAAAAAGAAAAGAAAAACUUUUUACACGAAUAAUUAUUGGAAGUACGGAAUGCCCCGUUUUAAUAUUUCUUCUUUAAUAAUAAUUUAACUUGCCUUGUUGCUAAAGAAAUUCUUUAAAGAAAUGCAUAAAUUAUUGCUGAACUUGUUCAUUAUUUUAUUUCAUUAUUGUAGUCUAUUUUUAUGUAUUACGCUAACUGGUGCAAAACCAAUGCAAGAAAAAAUAAUAAAAAAUAAUAAAAUACA